AUGGCUUCUAAAGUAGUGUCAGGCAAGGCUGCGAAGAAGGCGUCGAAGGUGAAGGUGCCGAAGACGGACAAGGCGAAGAAGAGGAGGAGGAAGGAGAGCUACGCCGCCUUCAUGUACAAGGUGUUGCGCCAAGUGCACUCAGACACGGGCAUCUCCUCGAAAGCGAUGUCGAUCAUGAACUCCUUCGUGAACGACAUCUUUGAGCGAAUUGCGGCCCAGUCGAGCCGGUUGGCGCAUUACAAUAAGAAGUCGACCAUCACGAGCAGAGAGAUUCAGACUGCUGUGCGUCUGCUGCUGUCGGGUGAGUUGGCGAAGUUGGUGGCGUGCGAAUGUGUGACCAGCCAGGCGUCGGAUGGCAGGCUUCGUGAUGCCCUAAAUGUCACGCAAUACCUUCCUGUGACGCUUGGCUCUUCCCUUUUCGAGCCCUAA